AUGGAUCAUAUCUUAUCAGCAGACGAAAAAGAAAAAUUUGACGAGUUCAUUCCAAAAAUACCGUGGCUCGGAUUUGACCACACACCAUCUGAGCAUCUUGGAACAUUUGAUGACUAUGCGUUGCAGCGCGGCUGGUCUCGAGAAAAGUUACUCGACCUCAAAGAAGGGAGACUGGGAGGACUAGAGAAAGAGUUCUUGAAACCGUUCCUCCAAAGUUGGUUCAGCAUUGGCCUCUGGGAAGCAGCGCUCGGAAAGGGCCUGGAAAAGGACGACUUCGUUGUAUCGAAAUCUUCAAAGCUCGUGUUCACGAGCGAGUCGUUGAGACAAAUUAUCAAAAACUUGGAAACAAGUUUCAAAAGCACCUCGAAAGAUGACCCCAGCAAAGUCAGCAUUUUGAGCCGGUUCAACCAUGUCCUCAGGGCGGCGAGGAUGUGGAACAGAAUGCUCGGCGAAACCCAGCUCUUCAUCAAGCCGAACCUGGAGUUCUGCGACGAGACGUAUCAUUCAGUCAUGCGAAUGUUCGCUCUGCUAGGCGUGACGCUUCAGUACACCGGAGAGUUCCUCGCUAUAUGGGUGUCAGUGAACUUCAGAACACCGCUUCAGUAUCAUUGGUCUUUUACAUAUGAUGUGGAGCAAACUCUAAGAGAACGAAUGGUCAAGUGUGGAUGGUGUCCAUAUAUUCGAACCAUGCUGAGUCCCUUCAAUGUCAUCGUUGCGGAAUAUGCUGCUGUCAUAGGGCCAUCAUCAACGUAUUUCAGCCAUCACUCAUGCUCAGCAGCAGAAUGUGUAAGGCAUAAUAUUGACGAAGGUACCUACAAGCCCUUACAUACCCAUCCUGAUUGUCAGUGCUCGUUUGUGAGGCCGAGUCUAGAUCGAAUCGCAGAGAUCUUGGAUCAUGGCCAAAUUCCAUUGAUGGAUUUUAACAAGAUCUCCGACAGUGAAGGGAAAUCAAUCGAGGCUGUGCCAUUCGAGCCUAAUAAAACAGUGUUCACUGCCGUGUCGCACGUCUGGUCCGGUGGAUUUGGCAGCACGUCGGAAGCAGGACUUCCGCAAUGCGCACUAGAUCGGCUAGCGGGAUAUAUGGAAGAUAACGACAACAAGAAACUCGUUUGGAUUGAUUCCCUCUGCAUUCCGCGAGGACGGAGAUUGCGAAAAUUGUCCAUCCACAGUAUCAACAAAGUGUAUAGCCUGGCAAACACAACGCUAGUCUUGGACCCAGAGCUCAUGCGCUCACCUUCCUCGAGCACUCGGCAGAUGUUGCUAUGGAUCACCACUGCAGCGUGGAUGCAACGAAUGUGGACGCUUCCCGAAGGUCGGCUAUCUCGUCUCCCAUAUAUCGCUUUCAAGAAUGGUGCUGGACUUCUGCAGCAUCUGCUCAUGGAUGGAGAAAACGAGUACGAGAAUCCAGUCACCGGAGCACUUAUACCCGAUCUCUUCGGAUUGUUCUCACAGAAUAUCAAUGAGCUCCGAUAUAUCCACCAAUCCCUCUGUUAUCGUACGACCAGUAAGCGCGAGGACGAGGUACCAGCUCUCGCCGCGCUUUUCAAUGUCGACACCCGGCCCAUAUUGAAUACCCAAUCCCUGGAUGAGCGGAUGGCCAUUUUCUGGAUAGCUCUCCGGGGCAAGGUCACCAUUCCUGUGAACAUUAUUUUUUUGACGGGGCAUAAGCUCUCGAUUCCAGGACUGCGUUGGGCACCGAGCAGUCUUCUCAACGCGGGCAGGCAACUGAGUCUGUUAACUCCGCCUCAGGGGGUGAAAUCGCACAACGUAGAACUGAGUGACGAUGGGACUUUGACAGGGACAUACGUUGUGAUUCGACUGGACAAGAGGGCCAUGUUGUUGCUCAACAAAUUCAAUCCAAUUCGACUCUCGGUUCUUCCAGAACCAGGUUCAAGACAGCUUAGAGUUGCUCCAUUUACCCUCUUGGCUUUCAACAAGGUCGGGACUGAUGUGCAAGAAGAAGGGAUCUUGCAGGAUAUCGAUGCUUUUGCGCUCAACGUCACAAAUCCCGAGGCCCGAGCUGGAGAGUCUCUGGCUUCCGAAUUACUGGCGGCCGUUCGCUCGGUAGUUGCCUUGACCCUCGAUCAUCCUGAAUCUCAGGCUGGGACAGGGACGACACAAAACAAGUGGGAUGAUGAUCCAUCAGCCGCCAUGACUGAUACAGGGGCGGUCGAUCGCUCAAAUAGUUUCUCAUUCAGGGCACGGUAUUUGAUGCAACUGUCUCCGAUAGAAACCACAGGGAAUGAGUUAAUAUCGGGCAAUGUCAGAUGGGCCCGAAUUUCGAUAUCCUAA